CGCCUGGCCCAGAUGCGGAGGCUGAUUGACAAGGCAGUGCCCACCCGAGGCUAACUCCAGGGGGCCCCUCUGCCCGCAGAGGCAGGUGCAGCCUCUGGCUUGGGAAGGACGCCUUGCCCUUGAGCUGGAGCAGGUCCAUGUAAUGCGCAGGGCUGAGCUGUACUGAGCCGCCGCGGUCCAGCCACCUGCCUGUCCGCACGCCCCGUGCAGCCUGCCGGCACGGCCGCCAUGGAAUCCAGGGGCAAGUCGGCCAGCAGCCCCAAGCCCGACACCAAGGUAGCUCCGGCUGCUGCCGAGGUCAGAGGACCCCCGACGGCAGACGGGAAAGCCCCCUCGGCCAAGCCCGGGAAGAAGGAGGCCCAAGUGGAGAAGCAGGAGCCGCCAGUGGCCCCCACCCCACCCCCUGCCAAGAAGACCCCGGCCAAGGCGGACCCGGCCCUUCUCAACAACCACAGCAACCUGAAGCCGGCCCCCACGGCCCCCAGCGGCCCCCAUGCAGCCCCCGAGCCCAAGGGCCCUGGAGAUGGGGCUGAGGAGGACCAGGCCCCCGGUGGGGGCCCCGGGGGCCGAGGUCCCUGCCCCUUCGAGAACUUGACCCCCCUGCUGCUGGCUGGGGGCGUGGCCGUGGCGGCUGCAGCCCUGAUUCUUGGUGUCGUCCUCCUGGUCCGGAAAAAGUGAGGGCUGGUACCGGGCAGAGACCCAGCCGCUCCUGUACAGUCCUCGGGGACCUCGUGCAUGCGAAUUCACACACAGCUAGCUCUCCCCUCCUCUGUAAGAAAUACACGUACCCAUGCCCCACAGGCCCGCAGAGGGAGGGGUGGACAAGCCCCCUUGGCUGGCCCUCACGCUUCCCCCCAACCUCCCAGGCAGAAGGAGCCCAGGUCCCAGGGUCACCAAGCAGCACGGGGGGGAGCUGUGACAUGGGGCGGAGGGCCCAGGGCCCAGGCGCCCGGGGGCCGUGGGCAGGGCGGACCCUGAGGGUGACCCGACCGUGGACAGCACCCGCCGCGCCAGCCUGUCUCGAGGGUCCCCGGUGGUCCUGCGGGCUUCCUGGCAGCAGCUUCCCAAUGGGCCCCCAGGGCAGGAGCAAGCCCCAGGCUGACAGGGGUCCAGCCGUGGGGGGACAUUAAAGGGUGUGGCUAUUUCACUGUCCCCUCUUCUGCUCUUUGGUUGCAGCUGGGGGGCGAGGGUCGAUCUGGGUGGGCCCUGCCGUGGGGCUGCCCUGAGGCCGCCACACGGCCCCCGCCUGCCCCUCCGCCCCUGCUGGGCAGACAGAGAGCCCCAAGGCCAGUCUUGGGAGGGGUUCCCACGGUUCCUCUUCCAGCUUGUGUCCGAGGGGAGCUCCGGAGGCUGGGGCAGCUGAGAGCCAGGCGUGGGCGUGGGGUGGGGGUGCGUGGGUAGCAAGGGCCUGCCCUGCCGCUGCGCCUGCCUAGCCUCAUGAAGCCCCUGGAGAUGCCUCUCCUGCCUCACCCAGUGUCUUCUGAGUCCAACAAGCGUAUAAAUGCAAUAACAGGUAGAGUAGAACCACGUGGUGACUGUCACCCAGGGCCACUGCCCGCGGUGCCCACAGGGACAGCGCUCCGGAACACCCGGUCCCAGCAUGGCCCUCGGCGCAGUGGCGGUGGGCAGGCUCUGGGGGUGCCGUUGGGCACGGUGGGAGCCUGACACGCCCUUGCCCGGCCAGCCGGCCACGGGCGCCCGGGGCCCAA